UGCAGUGUGUUUGCUCAUUAGCGUUGCAUGCUCUGGUCUCACAGUUAAGUCCGUCCAUUGAGGGAUAGCACAGCGGUACAUGAGAUACCAGCAUUUUCUUCAGUGGUUGCCGAUGAUUGGGAGAUGAUGGUGCUGUUGCUGCUCUUUGUGUUUGCGGCUGUGCUCGACUGCGUCGCUCCCUCUACAGAAGUCUGCAACAAUAACUUCCUACCCGGAGCCAAAGGAGACCAAGGUCAGAUUGGAGAGGAGGGAGAUCAGGGAAAACUGGGAAAGAAUGGACCACCGGGACUUUCAGGAGUGUCAGGGGAGACGGGGCUUAAAGGAGAGGUGGGCCACACAGGAAAGAUGGGUCCCAUUGGAGACAAAGGUUGCAAAGGUGAUACUGGUUUGGAAGGGCCCACUGGUUUAAAGGGAAAAACAGGCACAACAUGUGACUGUGGCAGAUACAGGAAGGUGGUUGGACAGCUGGACAUCAAUGUAGGCAAGCUGAGGAAUGCUGUUAAGUUUCUGAAGAAGGUCAUCUUGGGGCUGAAAGAAACAGAAGAGAGUUACUACCUGCUGGUGAAGGAGUCAAAGAGGUUCACAGAGGCUGCAAUGAACUGCAAGUGGAGAGGAGGCACCCUGGCCAUGCCGAAAACCAGCAACACCAACCAACUAAUGGCAGACUAUGUCACUCAGGCAGGACUGACAAGAGUUUAUAUAGGGUUGCAGGCUCAAAGCAAGGAUACGAAUGGAACGAGCAAUUAUGUGUACGCAGACUCCAGCCCUCUGCAGGGGUUUGCAGCUUGGAGCCAAGAAGGGGAGCUCAACUCCGGAGUAUCUCCCACCACAAACUCCAGCUGUGUGGAGCUGCUCAGCACUGGGGCAUGGAGUCAUGUCGUGUGUGAAGCCACCAUGUUUUUCAUCUGCGAGUUCCCAAAGAGCAGGAGAGGAGGAAGAAGAGGAGGAAGAGGAGCCCGAUCAUGAAUCAAUCAAGACAUUCAAAAGAGAUUGAAGUGCACAUAAUGUGUAGAUGUAGCAUUUAUAUAAUCAUAAACAUUACAAUCAGUCCUUUCGUAACACUUACCCAUAUAUAUUCUCAAUUGAUAUGCACAUGUUUUCUUGAUUACCUGAUUCAUCUUUGAUCUCAAUGUAUUGAAGAACAAGCUGACACGUUCAAAUGACUUGUUUUGUUCCUGUUUUGUAACCAGCAAAUAUUAACAUUUGAUGAAGUAGAACCAUUUCAUGUUUAACCGUUAUUGUUGCAGUUUGAUAAUCUGUUGAUAUUCUUGACGACUCUAUAAAGCCAUUUUCAAAAAAGAGCAUUUUAUAUUCUCAGUAUGAGCACAAACACGAACAGCACAGAAAAGCCUUGCUUGGAUCAGCAGGAGCCUGCAGGAUGCAGAGUCGCUGCUGAUCUCAGCCUCUUCUGUUUUUCUUUCUGUGCCAUUGAGUGUCUAUAUAAAUACAGUAUGUGCACACAUUACAUUUUCUCCCAUUUUGGCGUUUGGCAACUCCUCUUUAUCAGUAUUCUCAUUGAUCUGCUUGGGCAGCCUUUUUCCACAGAUGUUUGUGGAUUUCUGAAUAUUUUAAACCAUGCAUAAAAAGAUUGUUUAACCUGUAGUGUAUACAUAUUUGUGGGAAGUAAUACAUGUAGUUUGAGAUGGAAGCAGAAUGGUUUGUGUGCCAAUACCUGUCGGCUAGGCUCAUACAUCCACAGCGGCAAGUGGUACUUAAGUACUAAGUUACAGUAAUCACAACACCAAUAUCAUUUCUUUGAAUAAAAUGUAUUUUACCUGUUAAGCAAAACCUCAUUCAGACAAGAAAUAAGAAAA